GCCCGGAGGCGCGCGAGGACAGCUACUUCGCCUGGGGCCUCCGGCAGCGCGGGCAGCGUUUCGUGGCUCGCACCCAGGCUCACCCGGCCAGGGAAAGGAUUGCAUGAGCUGUGGGCCAAGGGGUUGGGGUUGGGGUGCGGGGAGGACCUCGGGUCCUGGGCGGGGGCGUACAGGGAGGGGAAGGAGGGCCGGGGCGCGGGGGAGCGCAGGGACAUGGCAAAGCUGGACCAUGAGGAGGGGGCAGCGGUGGUACCCGCGCACCCGCCCGCGAAUGGAUACCUGCUGGUCCCGGGGGGCGAGCCCCCCGGAAAGCUGAGCGCCGAGCCGCAGAACGGGCCCAAAGCCGGCUGCCUGACCCUGAAUGGAGUGUCUCGGGACAGCCUCGCGGCCGCCGCUGAAUCCCUCGGCAGGCCGCAGACGCCGCUGGCUCCAGAGGAGGAGACCCAGACCCGGCUGCUGCCUACGGGCCCCGGGGAGGAGACCCCCGGGGCCGAGGGCUCCCGGGUGCCCCAGACAGCGCUCUCUGCGCGGCGCUUUGUGGUGCUUCUGAUCUUCAGCCUGUACUCGCUGGUGAACGCCUUUCAAUGGAUCCAAUACAGCAUCAUCACCAAUGUCUUCGAGGGCUUCUAUGGCGUCUCCUCCCUGCACAUCGACUGGCUGUCCAUGGUGUACAUGCUGGCCUACGUGCCCCUCAUCUUCCCGGCCACUUGGCUGCUGGACACCAGAGGCCUGCGGCUCACCGCCCUGCUGGGCUCCGGCCUCAACUGCCUGGGCGCCUGGAUCAAGUGCGCCAGUGUCCAGCAGCAUCUCUUCUGGGUCACCAUGCUGGGCCAGUGCCUGUGCUCCGUGGCCCAGGUGUUCAUCCUCGGCUUGCCCUCCCGCAUCGCCUCAGUGUGGUUUGGGCCCAAGGAGGUAUCCACAGCUUGUGCCACCGCCGUGCUAGGCAAUCAGCUUGGAACUGCAGUUGGCUUCUUGCUACCACCAGUUUUAGUGCCCAACACACAGAAUAACACAGAUCUUCUGGCUUGCAAUAUCAGUACCAUGUUUUAUGGAACAGCAUCCAUCGCCACGUUUUUAUGUCUUUUAACAGUAAUUGCAUUCAAAGAAAAGCCUCAGUAUCCACCAAGUCAGGCUCAAGCAGUUCUUCAAAAAAGCCCCCCUGCUGAGUACUCCUAUAAGAAAUCAAUAAGGAACCUGUUUAAAAAUAUUCCCUUUGUCCUUCUCUUGAUCACUUACGGUAUCAUAACUGGAGCAUUUUACUCAGUCUCAACAUUAUUAAAUCAAAUGAUACUGACAUACUAUAAGGGAGAAGAAAUCAAUGCUGGAAGGAUUGGACUAACAUUGGUAGUAGCUGGAAUGGUGGGCUCUAUUCUUUGUGGCUUGUGGCUAGAUCAUACCAAAACAUACAAACAGACAACUCUGAUAGUUUACAUUUUGUCUUUUUUUGGAAUGGUCGUAUUUACUUUCACGUUGGACCUUGGAUACAUUAUGGUCGUGUUUGUUACUGGAGGGGUGCUCGGUUUCUUCAUGACCGGUUACCUCCCAGUGGGUUUUGAAUUUGCUGUUGAAAUCACUUACCCUGAAUCUGAAGGUACUUCCUCUGGUCUUCUUAAUGCUGCUGCACAGAUAUUUGGAAUUUUGUUCACAUUGGCUCAAGGAAAGCUCACAUCAGACUAUGGUCCUAGGGCAGGAAACAUUUUCCUCUGUAUUUGGAUGUUUCUAGGCAUCCUUUUAACAGCAUUAAUCAAGUCGGAUCUCAAAAGACACAAUAUAAACAUAGGAAUUGCGAACGGUGAUAUUAAAGCUGUACCAGUUGAAGAUAGUCCCACAGAUCAAGAAUCCAAAACUAUGAUGAUGUCCAAGCAGUCAGAAUUGGCAAUUUGAGGUGAAAGAGAAAGUUAACAUCAUGUGAUAGUUGAGCAGCAAGCCUCGGUUUAUACAUGACAGGAGAUGGGUACUUACUUGAAAAUUAUUAUGUGACCGCUGACUAAAAUUACUGUCUCGCUUCAUUGUUAACGUAAAGCAAGAUUUUGCUUAAUAUACUUUGGCUCACAUCCUAUUAACACUACCACUUAAUCCACCUAGCAUCCCAUUGUUAAUCUUCUAUUGCCGAUCAGAAAGUAAGCUUCCUGACAUGUAUUUUCCGAAAGUGGGUUUUUUUUUGUUGUUGUUGUUGUUUUUUGUUUUUUAUGAAAAUGGAAGGUCAGAGGCUUUCUAAAAUGAUAAUGUGGAGGUCUAAUCCCUUUAAGUCACAUAGGAGUACAUGCCAUUUAGAACCAAGUGUGCAAUAUAUUCCUAAUUAGCUCCCUUUCCAUUAUUCUUACCAACUGUCCAAUCCGCCUUAGUGGAAGUACCAACGUGGCACUUCGAACUCCUCAAAGGACAGCACUGGGAUGAGACUUCCACAGAAACCUCUAAAAUUUUUCCGGUUUCUUCUCUUCUUGUUAAACAAUGCUUUGUAACAUGUAUUGUCAGUGGCCAUCCAAACUGUUCUGUGUACACAUUGAAAUCAUGGCUUUGGUCUUAGACGCGAAGGAGACCAGACACAGGCUCAUUAGCUUGAGUUCUCUGCAUUGCCUUCCUAUCACGGUCUAAAUGCUAAUACUGUUUCUUUCACUCCAACUUGAAAUAGAGUAAUUUUGUGCCCACUGCCCUGUUGACUCUCCUUUUUUCAACACAGGCAUACCUCAGAGAUAUUGCAGGGUCAGCUCCAGACCAUUCAGAAUAAAGCAAAUAUCACUAUAAAGUGAUUCAAAUGAAUUCUUUGGUUUCCCAGUCCAUAUAAAAGUCAUGUUUACACUAUUCUGUAGUCUAGUAAGUGUGCAGUAAACUGAAAGAGCAAGGUACAUACCUUAAAAAAGACUUCUUGCUAAAAAAUGCUAACCACGAUCUCAGCUGUCAGCAAGUCAUAACCGCUGAUCACAGAUUACCUACUAAAGAGAAUAAUAAUGAAAAAGUUGGAAAUAUUGCAAGAAUUACUAAAAUGUGGCACAGAGACACGUGUGAGCAAAUGCUUCUGGAAAAAAUGGCACCAAUGGACUUCCUUGAUGCAGGGUUGCCACACACCUCCAAUUUGUUAAAAAAACAACAACAACAAAAACUCAGUAUCUGUGAAGGGCAGUAAAUCAAAGCACAAUAAAACGAGGUAUGCCUGUGUAUGACUUUCUAGCAAGAAAAUGCCAUCCUACGUGUUGUUGGCUUUGUCAUGAUGUCUUGCAAUACUUUGGCUUGAAGGUUAUGGAGAUAAAUCUAUGGUAACAUAGCCCAGGGGUUCUCAUUUGUGGAGACCUCUGGAAAUACUGUCUUCGUUCCGCACUAUCAUGAGUAUGACCGUUCUCCUUUGAGGAAUACUGCGUACGUUCUCCUGCGGCGUGCGGGGGGAGAGUAUUCUUUGCUUCACCGGACUGUACAUAGUCUCCACGCUGUUGGAAAAAUUCUGCUCUGUUACAUGCUCAGGGUAAGGAAAAUAGGACCAAAUGUGUUUCUACAGUGCCUACCACUGCGUUUUGUUUACAAUGAGAAUUUAAAUGUUGUUCGUGUCCUGACUCUCUUAAGCUGAUAGGGAAAUAUCUUUACAAUAAUGACAUCGAAACAGCCAUGAUAUUUACAUUAUGUCCACAUCAACCAAAACAACAACAACAACAACAACCCAGUCAGGUAAACCCUUGAAUACUCUUAAGUGAAUUAGCAGUUCUGAUUUGGGCAUAUUCUAUGCAUUGCUGUAUAGUGAAAUUAUAACAUUCUCUGUAAUCAGACGACAGUAAAUGAUGUGGAAUCUUACCCUGGAGAAUGUGUCACCAGAAGAACGUAGCUGGAAAUCAGGAGCUCUGGGUCUGUGACCUGGAUCUGUUUCUAGCUGUCCCUGUCACUCACUGGCCAGCAUUUUCCUCAUCCAUAUAAUGAAUGUGUUCACUUUGAUCUCAAAGAUCCUUUUUGAAUCUUAAAUGCCAUUCAUCAUGGGGUAACCAACUCACUGAAGCACAGGAACUUAAAUCUAGCUAGAGAAGAAUCCCCUGGAGAAUUGGAUACACAGCUGUGAUUGAUACUUUGUGGAUAUGGGGAAUUUAGCAUCUGUUUUUUGCUUUUUUAUUCAGUUGGUGAUAGCGUAGGCAGAAUAUGCUGGAUCAUUAACUCCCUUAGAAACUUACAUCACAGGUUUUAUGGCCAAAAAUAUAUUCUGAGAUCCCUCCUAAAUAAUUACUUUUAUUUUUGAACUAUCAAUUGUUUAAAAUAAUCACGUACUUGUUGAGUUCCUAAACUUUUGAAAAAAUUACAGAUAAAAGUUGAACUACUCUGUUUCUGAAAAGCAUAAAUGUCCUGCGUGUCUUUCUUUGUUGACUAGAAAAAGGAUGAAAUAUGAUGUUCCAAAACACAAAAUGGAUGGGUAAUUUUUUCUGUAUCUUGAGUUAAAGUUGCAACAUGUCAAACAAGAACGUCAUAUAAUUCUGUCUUAUCUUUGGAAAAUGGAGUUGGGUAACCAGUACUUGUGUAAGUUUUAAUGACGUGAUUUUAGAAAGAAAUUGGAUGCUUUCAAAAGCUGUUGCAUUUAUAAAUGUUGCAAAAACAACAACAACAAACAAACACUAGCUUUUGCCUUUUGUGAAUGUUGGAGAAAUGUCUUUAAAAAUGUGUUUGUGUGUAAACUCAGAGUAUUGCCAGAAUGUCUGUCUGUAUUAAAUCAUCUUUCAUGUUCUAAUUUUUGCUUUUUGUACUAUUUGUCGGUAUGCUUGUCCUUCAGUGUUUCAGACCUGAAAUAAAUUUAUUUUUUUAAUGUUCAU